AUGCCUCUCGGUCCAACGUCGUCCGCGAUCAACAUCAACGGGAGCACAGUCUCGGACCCUGCGCCUGGUGUCCCACGUACCCCAACAAAUAUCACGAUACAUCCUGUCGCCUUGUUCUCGAUCCUUGAUCACUACCUUCGCCGCACAGACACCCAGGAUCGUGUUAUUGGAACUCUUCUCGGCACGCGACACGACAAUGAGGUCGAGGUUCGCUCAUCAUUUGCCGUGCUACAUAGCGAGACAGACGAACAAGUUGCCGUCGAUAUGGAUUACCACCGUACUAUGUACGAUCUCCACCAUAAGGUAAACCCCAAAGAGGUCAUCGUAGGAUGGUACUCUACUGGUUCGAACCUCAACACUUACUCCGCCCUCAUCCAAAAUUUCUAUUCCCAAGAAACUGGCCCCCAUCAGGCAAUUCAUAUUGCGGUUAACACUGGGGUCGAAGAAGGACAGGAAGCUGGUGUCAAGGCCUAUAUAAGUUCACCCGUAGGCGUGUCCCCUAAGCCCGAAAAUUGUGUAUUUGUUCCAGUUCCCGUGGAACUGCGUUUCCACGAUGCAGAGAAAAGUGGCCUCGACCUUCUCGCAAACACCGCAAACCUUCCUUCAUCGACAUCAUCUCAGCCCAUUGCUGACCUUGAGAUCAUCGAGAAUGCAGUUCAGUCUGUGUCUGAUAUGCUCGACCGUGUUCUUGCAUACGUGCGUGCGGUUCUUGCUGGAGAAAAAAAAGGUGAUCCUGCCAUCGGUCGGUAUCUCAUGAACACACUGGGUGCGAGCACGGAGGAUCUAGAGAAGGGGGGCUUUAAUGCCAGCCUACAGGACACUUUGAUGAUAUCCUACCUUGCUAACCUUGUGCGGGCACAGGCGGAGGUUUCUUCUCGUUUGGCUCUCACCGCCGCAUCAUAG